GCUGGCCCUGCGAGGAUGAAUUUGAGACACUUUCAUGGAAAAAUAUUAGAAUAGAGGUUGUAAAUGUAAGUCAGUGAUAUUGAGAAGGGCCCACCACUGACUACGUCUUGGAUUGAGUAUGCAAUACGUCAACAUUAAUCACUGCCAUUGACGUAUGUUGACUUCAAAAUAUCCAUGUUAACAUUGAGGACUGGCAGCGAAUGAAUUUUAAGUGCUGUACUGCAUCACAUGUAUUAGUCGAGCAUCGCUGUGUGCCUCUAGGAGGCACUAGCGCUCAAGACAGCACGCAACUGGCUUUGUAAAUACUAUAUUUACGUCCACUUAAUCCGAUAAACCAAAAAAAAAAUGAACAAAAUAUUUGCAGGAGAACUAUUUUAAUGCAAGUCUGAUUAUUAUUUGUAUUUGAUUAUUUUAACGAUUAAUGGUGAACAUUCAAUGAGCGUUCAUUUGAAUUUGAAUGGAGGGACGCUCGCCAUCUUUAUUGCUUUACAGAGUACAGGUGACAUAGUUAAGGUUUCGGCUCGAGCUGGGCUACGUCACCUGACCCAACAAAUGCUCGCGCACGCGCACGCCACUACACGGCUCAAUGCGGGUGUGCGUGCGUGUGCGUGUAUGAUGACUGGCAUCCACAUCCAGCCCGCGGUGGUUUGAAGAAUAUCCUGGAAGAAACCUUUGUUUUUGAAUCUUAUGGGAGUCCUGACAGCCACAGUUUGUCUGUUGGCAGCCGUGGGAGUGGGAUGUCGGCCAGUAAUUUCACCCCUCAAUGAUGCAAAGGUUGAAUGUAUUGUUCAAGAAACGCUGAAUGGAGAUGGGUCACAACAUGAGUGCAGCCCUCAGCUAGCAGCGGAACUUGAUGAAGUACAAAGACACCAGAGUCUGCUCGGGGAGCUGCAGAGGCUGGCUGAUGAUGAGAGAGAGCGGUAUGAAUACAAUCUAGCUGAUGAAGAGGGCGAUUUGGAGCCGAAGGAUGAGGAGAGCGAUGCGGCCAAAACAACAGUGGAAGGUGAGCCCAAGGAGAGGGAGAUGGAUGAGCCAAGGAUAGACGAUACAGGGAUCCAUGAUGAAGAGGAGAGAGCUAAGGAGCUUGAGGAGCUGCUAGCUGAGGAGAUCAGCAAGAAGGAAAAGGAGGAGAGAAAUGAUGAGGAGCUCAAAGAGCUGCUGAGAGAGUUGAAAAAAAAGCGUUACGAGAUGAAGGAAAGAGGAAGUCAAAAUAGCCCCGAAAAAGGUCAGGAAGAAGAUGACACAAAGCCAAAGAUGGCAAGAGACAAAGAGGAAGUUCAGCAGCAGACUGUUGCCGAUCAGAGGAAGGAUGAGGUCGAGCUGAGUGUGGAGAAGGAGAAGGUGGAGAAGGAGCUGAUGGAGUUGAAGAGCAAGAAUAAGCCAGAGGAGGAGCGGACGAGGAAGGAGAAGCAGGAGGAGCUGGAUGAGCUGGUCAAGAAGAUGCAACGAGUGCAGGAAGAGACGCAAACAGAGAAGAGAGACGAUGACGUGGACCACAGUAAGCAUGAGGAAGAGGACGAGGAUGACAAAAGAAAAGAUGACAAUGGUGGAGGAAAGGGAGGCCAAAAUGAAGUGAGGAGCAAAGAAGGAGCAGUGGAGGUGAAGGAGCCGCAGCAGAAGAGAGUGAUGGAGAAAGCCAGCGACGAGGCCACUCGCCAGUUUGAGAGAGAGAGGUUUAAGGAUGAUGAAGAGGACGAUCAAAAUGGGGAGGAUGAGGAAGAUGAGGACGAGUACAUCAGAGAGGAUGAGGAAGGCGGCUUGGAAGAUGACGAAGGGGAGGAGCUGCUGGAGAUUGAAGCACAGUUACGUGAAGUUGCCGCAGAGCUGAGAGAGCUGCGGAGAGGAUGAACACCCACGCACACAGUAGUGCUCGGUUUCAUUCUCGUUCACACAUUCAGCUGCCCCUAUUCCCAUUAGCAGCCUCUGUAUCCCUUCUUUUGAUGCAAAAUGAUUUUAUUGCGAAUGGUUCCCGCUGUUUUUUUUCCAUCUGUGUCAAUGCAAUGCUCAUUUUAGUUUAGGAGUCCUAUCGACUCUCUGAAUUCAUGCUUUUUGCAUAGUUGACGUGAACUACGCAUUCAGUACUUUUAUUUAAAUGCCAUUUCUAACUAGAAACUUGGCACAGCAUCUUUGAGUGCUGAGUCAUGAAAAUGGGCACGCAGUGCUUCUUGUCUCAGAUGUUGCAACAGAUUCUCAAUAAGCAAUUUGUGUGUAUUAAUAUCCGUUUUGUGCAAUAAUCGAUAGCUAUAUGUUAAGUGUUAUGACUGUUACCUAUAACUGAUAUUUCUACCCAAGGGUGAGUCAUUUAUUCUUUGAAGAAAUAAGGGUGGUUUCAUUAGGCUCGUGUACUGUUAAAAUCAGACUGUUUGUGAUGAACACGGGUGACACUAACAAAACACGAAUGGAUUUAGUACGCUGAUCCGUAUGUCAGGUGUUGAGUUACACAGUGUGAGUAGAUGGGACGUGAUGUACUUAAAGCUUACAAGGUCUCAAGGUGUCACUUGAGGUUCAGACAGAUUUGCACUCUUAACAAGCCAAGGACGAGGCAGGGAUGAGGAAGACACUCAAGCCAUUUUCUUGUCUUUUGGUAAAAAAACAAAAACAUAACCGUUAUAAUCGCUCAGUGGUGUUACAUCACAUUUGCAGUGGUUGCCGUCUUGACUUCUUUGUGCUCGUGUAAAUAUCAUUGCGCCAAGGUCAUAGGGAAUAAAAGGCAAAAGCGCCCCCAAGAGGACACUGCGUCAAAUUGCACAAGUUACAGAUUUAACAGGGUUACCAAGAGGCUCACUUAACUGCAAUAACGCAUUGUACACUGCAGCACACAUAAAUGCAAUAACGAAUAUUAAAUAGGUAAGCCAAUAUAGCAGGUAUUUUAAUACUUCAUUCAAGUGCAAAUAUAGAACUCAUUAAAUAUAUUCUCUUUUCUAUACUGCCAAGCAUUGCAAUCUUGUGCGAAGUUUGAACACACACACUAACACAAAUAAUAGUUAGCACGAAUAAUCUUAGUACCAUCCAUUCCAAAGAUGAGAUGUUUAUUUAUUUCACAAUUAAAGAACUGUUAGUUUACUUUAAACUUGUUUUUGUACAUAUGUGUAAGUUGUAUCAACCAGCAAGGUAGAUGAAAGAUACGUGUGAAGAUGUUUAAAAAAAAAAAAAAAACUUGGAAGAAUUGAAACAAAAUAUUUGUAAUAUUACUGGCCAAUAGAGUGCUGUAUUUUGUGCCUGUUGUCUUCUCUGCUACCCAUGAAUCAAUAAAAGAGUAUGAAACACA